GUAACUUUUUCGACAAAAAUAGCAAUAAUGCAUGUCUAAAGCUUUUGCAUACGUUUUAAAAGAAGUACCCAUUGUCAAAAGAUUGAGGAAGCCGAGUUCUGACCGUGUGGUGGCACGAUGAUAGAAGGCUACUCCCCUGUGGCACAGGCGCUGCUGGGGACUCUGUUUACCUGGGGCCUCACCGCUGCUGGGGCUGCUAUGGUAUUCGUUUUCUCCGGUCGACAGAAGCACAUCUUGGAUGGAAGUUUAGGAUUUGCUGCGGGGGUGAUGUUGGCCGCUUCCUAUUGGUCAUUGCUGGCUCCAGCAAUCGACAUGGCCGAGGAUUCUGGGAAGUACGGCUCAUUUGCUUUUCUGCCCGUGGCCAUCGGCUUCAUACUCGGGGCUGCUUUUGUUUACUUCGCUGACGUGGCCUUGCCCUUCCUGGGUGUGUCUGCCGACCCCAACAUCGCCUUGGCCCUUGCUUCGGAAUCCAAGAUCGUCAAAGAGAAAGAGGAGGAGCAGCUUCAUCCAUUUUCUGAAUCUCAAGCCGUCAAGUUAGGUAGAGCAAGACCUCCGACAGAGGAGGGCCUUCAACUUCCGAGGAAGAGAGUCUCUCAAUGGGGUAGCUCCAAUGACCAAGAAACAGGAAGCGCACAUCCGGAACUGACUGGCCAUUCAGGAAGCAGCUGGAGACGCAUCCUUCUCCUCAUCCUCGCCAUCACUAUUCACAACAUUCCAGAGGGCUUAGCUGUGGGAGUUGGAUUCGGGGCCAUUGGGAAGACUUCAUCUGCCACGCUUGAGAGUGCCAGGAAUUUGGCUGUUGGUAUCGGCAUCCAGAAUUUCCCAGAAGGCCUUGCAGUAAGCUUGCCACUUCGAGGCUCGGGCGUCUCAACGUGGACAGCCUUUUGGUAUGGUCAGCUCAGCGGCAUGGUGGAACCCAUUGCUGGGAUGCUGGGCGCCGUCGCCGUGGUGUUGGCCGAACCUCUGCUGCCAUACGCCUUGGCGUUCGCCGCCGGGGCGAUGGUUUACGUGGUGGUGGAUGACAUCAUACCCGAGGCUCAAGUCAGUGGGAACGGGAAGCUGGCCUCCUGGACCUCAAUCUUGGGCUUUAUCGUAAUGAUGUCACUAGACGUGGGGCUAGGCUGAAUCACCAUGGCGACCGGCAUCACGCCAACAAACAGCCCCCAUAGCCAUCAUUACCACAACAUACCUGACCUCAGUGUCAAAGAAGGGGACCAAGUCACAUUUUUGUCGGGAUGUAAAUACUGUAAUUAGUUGGCCAUUUUCCCUCAGUGCUACCCGUUGCCAUAGCAAUAAAAACAUGUGACAUCACCCUAAAUGUCACAUCUACUGUACAGCAUAUGAAGGAUAGGUUCUGUUAUCUUAUGCAAGCAAAUUAACGUCACUGUGAUUGCGUUGCACAUUGUUGAAUCACAAUGUUAUGCAAUGACGACGCACGCACGUGGACAAGAUUGUUGUUCCCUCUCUGUUAAUGAAAGAAAUAACUUCAAUCUGACAAAAGAAAGAACAUUUAUUCAUCAGUGAAAAUCAGCAAUUGCCUUCGUGUUGUGGUCCAACGGAAUUGUUUUGAAAACCAAACUCGGGGAAAAUAAGUUGACGAUUUUGACCUGUUCAUCCACGGUGUGUCCUCAAAUUAGCUUCACAGAUGUCUCCAAACUUGUCGUCAGUCGCUUGGCUUUUUGAAAGGGUGAGGCGGAUUCACGGUGCUGUUUGGUGACAAGCCGUCUUGAUGUUCCGUUGACGAUAGUUGCAUAUAUUAUUCCGUUAUUUAAGAUUCGUGGCACUGGAGCCAACCUCCCAGAUUGUGGCCUCGAUUUGCAGUAUUUACUUUUCAUUUUGAAACAUUAUAAUAACUAUUGUCAGAUUCACUUUGGGUUUUUCUUUCAUUCUCAAGACAUAACAACAAUUUUAUCCGCAUGAGUAUUGACACUGCGAUAAAAACUUUUUUUUCCCGCCAACAUCAUUUCUGUACAGUUAGGUCCAGAAGCAUUUGGACAGUAUUUUUUAAUUGAUUUUUGCCAUUAUAUAACGAGCACAUUGGCUUUUAGACAUUUAUUUAUACAAGUUGCUUUCUCAGCAUAUUUCGGGUCAUUUAUCUUCCUGUCAAGUUGCGAUUGGCUCAGUGUGAACAGAGGGUGUAGAUCUAUAUUCCUCGCAAUUAAUU